AUGGCUUUAAACAAUCGCCUCCAGGGGACAUUGCCAGCGGACACAAAUAUUAACCCUAAGGAGCAAAACCCGAAUCAGCUAAUGGCAGUAAGUCUUCUAAAUGGGAGAGAUCUAGACAAAGAGCAGGAGGUUGCACAGGCCAACAAGGAGACUACGCCAGCCACUCCAAUUCCACUAGAGGUAGAUGAACCAACAAAUCUGAUUGAAGUGGUAGUUGAACAGGGUCAAUAUGAAAAGGGUAAGGCUAAGGUAAAUGAACAAGCUACAGAACAGGUGGUUCCUCUUAUGCCACAGAACCCCAACAAAGAGAAGCCAGCAAGCAGUGCACAAAAGGUGAUACCUGCAUCGUUCCCUCAGAGACUGUUGAAUAUUCCUUUGAUGGAUGCCUUGAGGGAGAUGCCAGGUUAUGCUAAGAUGAUGAAAGACCUAAUGUCACAGAAGUUUGAUUUUCAGGAUCUAUCCACAGUAACUCUGACACAGACCUGCAACACAGUAGUGACCAGACCAAUGGCUCAAAAGAUGUCUGACCUAGGUAGCUUCACUAUUCCGUGCACGAUUGGGAGUUACGCCUUUGCAAAGGCAUUAUGUGAUUUGGGAGCCAACAUAGAUUUGAUGCCUCUGGAUGUAUACACCAAACUGGGCAUUGGUAGAGCUAGACCGACUUCGAUGUUGCUGUAG